AUGUGGCUCCGCGUAGGCUUGGGCGCCAGCGUGCGCGUCGCUGCGCCAGCAAGGCGUUUUGCGGCAUGCGCACCGCUGAAGAAUAAACGAAACGCAAAGGAUGCACUGUUGGAUCCGUUCCCGCUGCCUUUCUCGCCAGACUUGGACCCUGCACGAAAAGCCGACGGCGUGGACCUCGCCAGUGCAUCCCAGCGCGUGGAAGGGAUCGAAGUGCCGAACCGUGUGCCGAACCGCACUAACGAAGACCGGCCACGUAAACUUGCCCGCAUGCAAUACCAGUGCCGGAAACGCGGCACGCUAGAAACCGACCUGAUCCUCAGUACAUUUGCACAAAAGGAGCUGGCCAGCCUCGGCGACGACGAGCUCGACGAGCUCGAUAGGCUGCUGGACGAGCCAGACUGGGAUAUUUUCUACUGGUGCACAGAAAGGAAACCCGUACCGGACCGUUGGGAAAGCUCUUUUAUCACCGAAGGACGCCUGGGCCACCGCAUCCGAGCGCAUACGCGCAAUGACGAGCGUACAGUACGACGAUUUCCGAGCCUCAGUCAAGAUAUCCAGUCCCCAUUCUAA